AUGCAAUCUGAAAUUUGUUUCAGUAUAAGCUUCCCAUUUCUGAAUCUUAAUCCGACAUUUAAACAAAUGAAUACUGAGUUACGUAUUUUGUCUGUUAUAUCUAUGGCCAAAGUUGGUAACGGAUUACAGAUUCCACUUUCAUGGGUCCCAGAAAAAGAUGGUGCAUUUCCAAAGAAUGCUAUCAAAGGAGAUGAAUCAGUAUAUGUUGCUCGUGGAAACCUGAAUGGUGAUUUAAUCCCUGGCAAAUUUAUUCCUCAAUACGGAAAAGUAUACUGUCCACACGAUGGUAAAGAGUUGGAAUUUACAAAUUAUGAAUUAUUGGUUGAUUCUGGUAUUCCUGGAUGUCGUACAGGAUAUGAAUGGAUAAUGAUGAAUGGAGGUGAUGUUCCAGAAAGGGCAUUAGUUGCUGGAAUCGACAGAAACGGUACACCAUUGUAUGUUGUCAAAGGAAGAAUUCAAGACGAAACAUGCGUUGGAAAGUUACUUCAAGGUGAGAGGAGUGCAUCUUUUGCUUGGGGCGGAGAUGAACAUAAAAAUGAUGAAUAUGAAGUAUUAGUAAUCAACAAUUGA